AAACCCAAUAUGAAUUUAAUGAAAAUAUUUUUUAUUACUGAAAAAUGCUAGUGUGAUAAAUACAAUUGUGUGUUCUAUUGCUUGAGAGAAAGUGAAAGUGUUGAAUUGGAAUUCCCCCGUGCGCUUGCUGGUGCACGAACAGAAAGCAAACGCACAGGUUUCCGUGCGCUCGUGUGUGUGUUGUUAGCGGACCUCAGCGCGUACAGCCUUUCUCUAGGUGCAGUGUGGAAGUCACAAAAUCAUGAGCCUACACGUACCUGUCGCUGUUCCAAAGUGUCCACGCUGCAAGGGGUCAGAUAUCUCGAAGCUGGAUGGGCAGCGUGCCCUGUGCCGCCCGUGUUCCAGACUGAGGCGUGGUGUGUACUACUUCUGCUGGGCGUGUCGGAGGGAGUGGCCCACAGCGGCUAAGGCACAUGCUGCCUGCUCGCUGGCCCACUGCGCCCUCCGUGCUGCCCUGCUCUCCGACAAGCUCAUCGUGGACCCCGACAGCUCGGCCCUGGGCUGCCCCUUCUUCAGGGCCUGUCCCCAGUGCAAGGCCCUGCUCACGCAUGAUGGGGAAGGCUGUGCCGACAUCAUCUGCCCUCAGUGCAAAACAGAGUUCUGCUUCCGCUGCCUUCAUCAGGAGUGUCUUUUUGAAUUGUGCGAUAUAGUGGAUAACAGCAGGAGUCUGGCAGCCCUUGGUUUGUAGGUGAGGUGAGAUCCAGGAGCAGGGCUGUGACGUAAUGCUGCUGCAGGGUAGAUCUCCCGGAGCAGGGUAGCCUCAUCAAAAAGACCAUGGUCCCCUGCUGACUUAAACCCAUUGCAUUGUGAUUAUAUUGCACAUAUUUUAUCUUUUGCAUCGCAGUUUUUUAUUUGCACACCUGUGAGCUCUUCAGUCUCUGCAAAUUUUCUUAAAAGACUUCAACCACGCAAAUCUCAAGUCAGUACUGCCUAAAUUCCAUCAACAUGUGAACUUUGCAAGCGAACGCGCUGGAUCUCGUUUAC